AUGUCCCAGUCGGAACCAGCUGUCCUGCAUGCCUCGAUCGCUCUGACCUCUGCCUACGAUGCCUUUGCACCGGCACAGAUCCAGGAUACCGUCUCCACCAUCACCCCGACCCCCUUCUUGCUGCGGCAGUACAACCGUGCCAUCCAAGCUCUGCUCGCCAAUGCAUCGCUAACCAACCCCGUCUCUGUUCGGGUUGCCGCCGUGUCGUGCAUCCUCUUCAUCUGCCUCGAGAUUCUCCGCGGUGAUGUGAAUGCUAUGGAAGUACAUUUCGCCUCCGGGAUCAAGCUGCUUCACCAACUCCAGGAGCAGAACCGCCAAUCAACAACAACAAGAACAAACGGCCAUAAAGUCCUUGUCAAGCACACCCCCGAACUGUUCGACGACCAUCUCGUUGACGUCUUUGCCCGGUUGAAUCUGCAAUUCCUCAUGCUAGGACACGGCUCCCAGCAGAAAGAGGCAUUCGUGCCCUCCUUCCAAUACAGUCGGGGUUCCCUUCUUGCUCGUCGUUUCUGCAGCGUUGAGGACGCUCGACAAUCCAUCAUACCCACCUUGCUCGCCAUCGUCUAUCUCAUCAAGGAGGUCGAGCGCGUCACGUUGACAACCAAUAUCCAACCGCCGCCUCUUACCACAGCAAUGCUUGAGAAGCAGAAAGCUCUUCAAGCGGCAAUGGACGACUGGAUCGCCAGCUAUAACAACUCCUUCACAUCCAGCUUUGUUCCCAUACCACCUCUAGAAAGGCUGGGUCUACUGAUGCUCCAAACAUACGCCGACGUGGCGAUGAUCCUCCUGGACACCUGCCCUUCCGUCAAGGAGACAGCACUAUCCCCUGGCAUCAGACACCUGCGAGUCCGAUCCCACGUUCAUGAUCGACAUGGGCCUCUUUCCACCCCUCUACUUCACAGCCUUGAAAUGCCGCAAUCAUCAGACGCGCCACCAGGCCCUCUCCAUACUUCGGCAAUACGUCCAUAUGGAAGGACCCUGGACGGGCCCAAUGCUGGCUAG